CAUUUCGCUGUUUAGUAAACCAGGCAUUAAUGUAUACGUAGUGUUAUUUUCAGCGAAUGUGAUAACUGGCGAACGCAUUCUUGCACAAGAAAAUUUGCAAAUAAAAUUUACCGCAGGUUAGUACACUGGCGAAAACAUAUUUGGCGAUACAUUUGUCUGUAUUUUGUGCGUAUUGUCUGAAAAUGGACAAUCCUGUAACAAAUGACACAUCAUUGCGCCAGUAAAAUGAGCAUAUUCCAUAAUCAUCCAAACACAUCUGCAACCAUGUAUUAAAGUCCACUAAUGAGAACUUUUAUUUUUCUUUUUUUUUUGGAGCACUUUAUUGCUAUCAAUUAGACUUCCUGGAUAACCUGCAAUACACGAUUGCAACGUUCCACUUUGGCCAUCGUUUGCCAUAACAACACGUCGCAUAUCUCAGUAAGGAUGUUAGUUUUCGGCUUUCUUUCCUCCUAUAAAUGCGCAUGCGCAGUGUCCUUUCUCAACUUCCUGCCAAAUAGUGAUUUCCGAAGGGCGUCGCUGAUGCGGAGAAGUGGGCGUAACGCUUGGGUUCGGUGACGUCACUGGCGUCAACCACUUUCUCUCAGGUUUAACCCUUCAGAGUAUUUUUUCCUCGUUGGUUUACAGGGAGUGGGUUAGGUCUUCGACCUGAGACAUCACGUCCCAUUACGUAGGACGACUGUUGAUUACAUCCCAUUGGCAGUCACAUAGUCCUGUGUAGUAAAUCUUGCCCUUAUCUGAACUCAUCACAUAUUGAUAACACGGGGCAGUCUCUCCUCUAACUAUAGUUAACAGAUAAAGCGACGUCUCUAACCCCACCCGUUUCGUGUUCUCCGACCAACUACUAAACGCGAUUAUUUCCUUGAAUCUGCUCUACACAGCAGAGCCCUUUACAAUAUACGUACUUCGAGGUAAACAAUCAGCUGGCAGCGUUUUGUUUCUGUCAUAAAACUUUAUUGACAACUCGUUCACAGACAAAACAAGCCCUAGUGUUGCUUACGUAUCCUGAGUCACACACACGUGACGCAAGGGGCGGAUCUGUCAUGGCUUCUGGGACAACAGCUGAAGAGCCGGUGCAGUCUAAGUAAUAUAAGUCAGCGGCUGUUCGCCAUGGAGACUUCCCUAUCGGAUCUACCUGCAGCCAGUCAGAUCUCCUGUGCAGCGGAAAAUCAGUCGGAAAAGGUUAACGAGAAGAGCGAGAGGCUUAAUGGUGACGGAGCGCAGGCAGUGGCUGAAGACAGCAAAGGAGGCUCAGUGUCAGGGCUGCAGGAAUCACAUCAGGACUCUGUACUGGCAGCAUCUGACUCCGUUACGUUAGAACCAGACUAUAGUCAGGGGCAAAAUGGCACUGAAGCUCCCCCUUGUGCUCUCUCACUCCCACAGUCACUUACCCCCGAGGAACCAAGUAGCAGCGGCCAGAGCCUACCUGGAGCCUCCCAGAGCCUUGAUUCACUGGCCUCCUUCUCCAACCUCCUGUCUUGUCCCAGCUCCGAAUUAAACAGCGAGGGGCCCGAUGAGAAAGCCAGUGGUACGGAGGAAGCGGAGGAAGGCAAAGAUGGAGUGGCCCCAAGGGACAAGAUCCCUGGCCAGUCAGUGUAUCAUAUUAAAUGGAUCCCAUGGAAAGAGCAGAGCACUCCUAUAGUAACUCAGAAUGAAAAUGGUCCAUGUCCCUUGUUGGCAAUUAUGAAUGUCCUGCUUCUGGCAUGGAAGGUAAAAUUGCCACCAAUGAUGGAAAUUAUUACUGCUGAGCAGCUUAUGGAAUAUCUAGGAGACUACAUUCUGGAUGCAAAACCGAAAGAAAUAUCUGAAGUGCAACGUUUGAACUAUGAGCAGAACAUGAGCGAUGCAAUGGCUAUCCUGCAUAAAUUACAAACAGGCCUUGAUGUCAAUGUGAAAUUCACUGACGUUCGAGUAUUUGAGUACACUCCUGAAUGUAUUGUAUUUGAUCUCCUUGAUAUACCUUUGUACCAUGGAUGGCUGGUGGACCCUCAGGUUCCAGAAGUAGUAAAAGCAGUUGGUAACUGCAGCUACAACCAACUGGUGGAGAAAAUCAUCCUCUGCAAGCAGUCAGACAGCAGUGAAUUAGUCAGUGAAGGCUUAGUUGCCGAACAGUUUCUAAAUGGCACUGCCACACAGCUGACAUACCAUGGAUUAAGUGAGCUGACUACAGCCUUACAAGAUGGAGAAUUAUGCGUGUUCUUCAGGAAUAAUCAUUUUAGCACCAUGAUUAAACACAAGGAUGACCUGUAUCUUCUUGUAACAGACCAAGGAUUUCUUACUGAAGAAAACAUUGUCUGGGAGAGUUUACAUAAUGUGGACGGUGAUGGAAACUUUUGCAACGCUGAAUUCCACCUAAGGCCUCCUUCUGAUCCACAAACUGUGUACCAAGGACAGCAAGACCAAAUCGAUCAGGAUUAUUUAAUGGCUCUGUCACUACAACAAGAACAGCAAAACCAAGAUAUUGAUUGGGAGCAAAUUCCAGAAGGUAUUAGUGAUCUAGAACUGGCUAAAAAACUUCAAGAGGAGGAGGACCGGAGAGCCUCACAGUUUUACCAGGAGCAAGAGCAAGCGGAAUCAGCUGCUCCACCCCAGGGAGUGCAGCAACCAGUGCCUGCUUCAAGUCCAUCCAGCAGCAGACCAACCACUAGUGGGGAAAGAAAGAGGAAAGAACCUCGAGAAAAAGAGAAGGAAAAGAAUUCAUGUGUCCUUUUGUAACAAGGCUAAGAUUUGAGGUUCAUUAUGAAAAGGAAAGGCAGUGGGUGAAGGAAAGCUAUUGAAGACACCAGUUCUUAUACCAUCUGUGCCUGAUAAACCCCACUCUGUUUCAAUGGGGAAUUUGUUACAGACGUUCUAUAAACUUUAGCACUUAUUACUCAUAUUUAUUUGGAACACUUGUCACAUUCUCAUUGCCAAGAAGUAAAGCGCAUAGGACAAAUAUGUUCUGGACAUAGCCCCUUUUCUACAAUAUUUAUAUGCCUCACUUUUAUCCUUAAUAAUAAAAUGUAUUUAACUCUUUAUAUAGAGAAAGGACUAUAGUUUGUUUUCCAUCAAAAACACUAAUGAAAGCAAUGAGAAAGGAUUGCUGAAGCCUGCACUCGGGAUUACCGAGGAGAGGAUUUGGAAAAGGACAGAGACUGGAGAAGUUGCUUUCACAUCAUUCUCUGAUUCACCCUCGUGUAGCUUACAGGAACAUCAUCACAAGAUCGGUGCUGUUUAACACUCAAUCAGUUGAUCAGCCACAAGCCCUUGCUCAGAGGAAAUGUACAGCUUUUUCACUUUAACCAAUAUUAAGGAAAUAUUUACUCCAGAACCAUCACUGUGUCUAGGUGUUCUGCCCAAAAUGUCAGGUUUUAUUAUUUUCUGACAAAAUACACUUAACAUAACAGAAUGGAGCAGAACGAUGCCUUUGUUUUGUAUAUAUAGAUAUUGUUCCACAGGAAGCCUAGUAGAACUAAGUGAUUAGAUUGUGUGCCGCUUUGUGUAGAUAGUUGGAACCUUUAAAUAAUUUGCUAUUAAGACCAUUAGUAUAGCUACUGCUGUGCUUAAGUACAAAACCACUAAACUUAUCCUUGAUUGACAAGCCUU